ACUUUACAUUUCAACACUGAUAUUCUGAUGUAAGACUAUCUGAGAUCCUUACAGGGUUAAUAAUGACCAGUCUGUUGCUGAUCAUCCGUGACAUCACUGUUAGUCUAUGCAGAGUUCAGGCUGUCGGUCUUUGAAUCUGUGUUCAUACAGAUCACAGACCAAGUUGUCAUUUUUUUCUUCUUUAAUGAAAACUCAUAAUAUUUCUGAAGAGGCUCAGUUUUGUACUAAAUGGUCUGUCAAACACUGAUGCUGAUUCUGUGGGAGUGGAAUGGAUAAUGGCCAUGGCAAACUGUAAUCUGCGGUCACCGUCCUCCUCUGCUCAUGAUGAUGUCAACCUGGGACCUUCAGCAAACCCACAUGCCAGGCCCACCGACUUUGACUUCUUGACUGUCAUUGGCAAAGGGACCUUUGGAAAGGUCCUGCUCGCCAAGCUCAAAGCCGACAGCAAAUUCUACGCCGUCAAAGUGCUGCAGAAGAAAGUCAUCCUCAAGAAGAAAGAGCAAAAGAACAUAAUGGCAGAGAGAAACGUGCUGCUGAAGAGUCUGAAGCAUCCCUUUCUGGUUCGGCUCCACUACUCCUUCCAGACUCCAGAGAAACUCUACUUUGUCCUCGACUAUGUGAACGGUGGAGAGCUGUUCUUCCACCUGCAGAGAGAGAGGUGUUUCUCUGAGCCCAGAGCGAGGUUCUACUCAGCCGAGGUAGCGAGCGCCAUCGGCUAUCUUCACUCUCUCAACAUUGUUUACAGAGAUCUGAAGCCAGAGAAUAUUCUUUUAGACUCUCAGGGCCAUGUGGUGCUGACAGAUUUUGGGCUGUGUAAAGAAGGUGUAGAGCCAGAGGGAACCACCACGACUUUCUGUGGGACUCCAGAAUACCUGGCACCAGAGGUCCUUCGUAAGGAGCCGUACGACAGGACAGUGGACUGGUGGUGUCUGGGAGCAGUGCUCUAUGAGAUGAUUUACAGCCUGCCUCCUUUCUACAGUCGUGAUGUGGGUGAAAUGUACGAUGGGAUCCUCCACAAGCCGCUGCUGCUGCCUCCGGGGAAGUCUGACGCCGUCUGCUCUCUGCUGGUGGGUCUCCUGCAGAAGGAUCAGCACAGACGCCUCGGGGCCAUCGCUGACUUUUUAGAAAUAAAGAACCACACUUUUUUUUCUCCUAUCAACUGGGACGACCUUUACCACAAGAGAAUCACUCCUCCUUACAACCCCAAUGUGAGAGGCCCAGCUGACACCCAGCACAUCGAUCCGGAGUUCACCAGAGAAAUGGUUCCUAGCUCGGUGAGUCGGACCCCGGAGCUCAACAGCAGCGGCAGCUCCAUGAACGCCUUCAAUGGUUUCUCCUUUGUCGGCACUGAUGACGGCUUUCUGUGAGGCAGGGGUUAACUGUUCUAAAGUUUGAGCCGGUUUGUUUAUUAAACGGAGUGAUGACACCUCUUUUGAGUCUCAAGAAGAUAAGUGCUCCUCAUGUACCGUUGCUGAAAUCCCACAUGGCAUCUGUCAUGUUUGACUACUGCUGGGAAUUUCCAAAUUGUUCCUGUUGAGGGUGUAGCAGAGAGGGAGCAUGCCUGCAAUGGAGACAUUUAAGUUUCAAAUAUAUAAAACUUUUUUUUUGCCUGGAAGUCCCAGGUCUGUUCUCAGCGAGAUAGUGAGGAUCGAUAUGAUGGGUUUCCAAUUUAGAGUACUCACCCGCAGUAGUUGCAUGAUGUUUAUUCCAUUAAUUUGCAAUGGAAUAAAGAGUUUGUUGUUCAUUGUCUUUUUGUGCACAUUAAGGGCACUAUUUUCCUGAAAUAGGGUGCAGAUACAAAUCUCAAGGUGCAAACACAAUUUGCAAUUUUGUCAAGUCAAGUCAAAGUUUAAUUAUAGAGCACAUUUAAAAACAACCUCAGUUGACCAAAGUGCUGUACAGUUGUUAAAAUACAAUAAAAUCAUACACAAAUAUAGUAAUAAACAAAAAAAAAAUACAAUCGAAUAAUACUAAAAACAAUAAAACAAUAAAAUAGUAAUAAAAAACUCUCAAUAGAAUUAAAGUUAAAAAGGAAAUAAAAGGAUAAAAAAUAAAUAGCCAAAAUGUUGGCUUAUUAAUAAAACAUAGCUUCUCUGCAUAUCUCAAUAGCUUCAUUUAUGUCAUUUCAGUCAAAUAAGCAUAAACUAGUCAAUUUGUAAAACAUCAGUCCUUAUUUAUCCAAUAGACAUAAAUCAGAAUCAAACGGCCUUUAUAUCUAUACAUAUAUAUAUAUAUAUAUAUGGAGAUUUUGAAAGCAUAAGGUCAGUUAUUAUUAAAUCCUGCUGUCUCAUCAGAAGAAUGUUUGUGGGAAAUAAAAACAUCAGAACUGACGUUAAAUGAACGGUCAUCAGAUUACACUCAUGUGGAUGAUAUUACUGAAUCUUUCUGAGUGACAUUAACAUUUUUAUUUUGGUGCACAUAUCAUUCUGCAGUAGCCUUGAUGUAAAAGUAAAGCAUAAAGAAAGACGAGAAAUUCAUGAAAAGUGCUUUGUAAUUCAGGAUAAAGUCUGUUUCUGUACAUUUCUGCCAAACAGGGUGCUACUAAUCUUCCCUGAGCAAAGAAACAAAAGCAUAUGUAUUUUAUUAACCGAUAACCAAAAUCAAACAAAGAAACAAAGACAAAAAUCAGCUAAAAUAAUAGUAACAGCAAUAUGAUAAACAGUCAUGGAAACAAUUAUUUGACCAUUGUUUUCUUCAAUUUCUUGUUGUGUACCUUUAGUUGUACCAGACAUUAAAAUGAACAAUAAAUUGAAGAAAACAAGGGUGGUCUAAUAAUUUUUUCCAUGACUGUAUAACACCAUGAGUAGUUUAACUGGUGGACAUCAGCGGCUUGCAGUCCUCACAGCAGUGGUCUUGUUUGUUUGUGGCAAUUAUAUAAAAGUUAAUUUGCAGAUGAUGCACUGAUGGUAUAAACUGCUCCAUGUAGCACCUUAUUAAGUCUCAACUACUCUGCAAUGUGCAUAGUAUGAGUGUUUAUUCUGUGGUUUCGUUUUCUGCAUUGUAUUUGGGAAAGUGGAAAAAGGUUGUUUUCGGCUGUAGAUAGCAGACUACGGUAUUAGUUUUGUUUUAUGAUGCAUAUUGAUGUUAUCUUGAAUACUGUAUGUAACAUCUGUAAAUAUACAGUAGAAGCUUUGAAGUAGGUUAAUGUAGUAAUGUGAUUAUAUCAGUGUAAAGCAUGAAGUGCCUCUCUGCCUGGGAAAUGAAGUUUGUGAUUGAUGUUGGCAGUGAUGUCCUUUAUUUUUAUUUUAUAUAUAUUCUUAAAGUCUUGUUUGUACAUCUGAUAUUAAAGAAGCUCCUGUCUUCCAAAUCCUGAACAUAGCAUGUUCUUAUUUACCUCCUAAAAAAAGUUUUAAUACUGUUUUUAUUGAUUACUCUAUCAGAUGCUUUUCUAUGAAACCUGGGAAAUGCAGCUUUAAUUUCUUCUUCUAAAGUUAAAUGCUGCUGUGACCCCGGGUUUGCCUUCUACAAAUGUAACCCUGCAUGCCAAGCGCUUGUUCCUUGACUGAUCCUGUAAACAGAGAGGCUGACGUAAAAAGGCUGUUGGCUCACUAAUGUGUGUGUGUGUGUGUGUGUGUGUGUGUGUGUGUGCGUGCACGUGUGUGUGUUUGUGUACAUAGAAAACGUGUUA